ACUUCAAGUGGCCUAUUCGGGUUUCACUGGGAGGGACGGAACUUCGGGAACAAUUUGCCACGAUCGUCGUCGUCCCCGUCCUCCUCUCGCAUGGAGGAGCCGAACGAGACCCCGGACUAACCCCCCCCACGCUCGGUUCCUCGCGUCGCCGCGGCUGGACGGACCGCCCAGGGGUGCGCGUUGUGUCCCCCUGGGUUCGGGGUGACAGUGAGUGUCCGGGCAGCUGUGUGUUUCGCUCAGACGGAGAAGGGGAGAUUCGGGCGGACGACGGGUGAGAAGAGGGUUCUACGCGUUAUUCCUUUUCAGCUCGAUCAUGGGUUCCACAUUCGGGGCGUUCUCCGGCGGGUGCUCGUCGAAGCGCCUCGUCCCGUGAGCGAGCGGGACAAAGGAGAGGAGCGUCUUUGGGUUACGCUCCACACUUUCCCAAAGUGUCCCCGGUGUCUCCUCUGCGCGCGAGAACGCGGAGCCAUGGCGCUCCUGGUCGUCCCGCUGCUCCUGCAGACGGGGCUCGUCCUGGGGACCAACUACGGCUAUGUGGAGUGGUCCGACGGGGACCGGGACGACAGGAGCCCGCCGGUCUUCGGCACCCUGAACGCCAACAGGGAGCCGCCCCAGCACCCGACCUAUCACUCGGUGCCGUCCACCGAGCGCACGGUGGUGGCGCACAAGAUCGAAGAGGACCUGCCGAGGGUGGUGACCGCCUUCCUGCACACCGGGGACUCCUCGGCGCUGAGGCAGGUCAACUGCUCGCGGCGCUACGAGCUGAGCAGCCUGCGGGGCGGCCUGCACGUCGCCUCCCACUACUCCCUGCACAGCAUCCUGGACACCGUGGCGCACGCCACCAACUUCCUGAACGUGAUCCUGCAGGCCAACGGGUCCCGGGAGCAGACGCCGCGCAGGGACGCCCACUGGUACCACGCGCUGGUGCAGAGCAUCCUCGAGGGGGACCCCAAAAUCCACAGGGCGGUGGUGACCUUCCGCACGGACGCGCCGACGCCGGGCCCCCACCUGUUCCUGCAGGCGACGAGGGCCGACGAGGAGGUGGUGCUGCGGGACCUGUCCGGCUCCGCGCACCGCCACCUGAGGAGCAGGGGCCCGGAGUCCGACUGGUUCAACGAGUUCCGGGACGGCAGGAGACCGCACUCGCACAGGAGAGUCCCGGGGGCGUCGGGCGCCAAGAGUGGAAGUUACCUCCUGGACAAAAAGCAGAUCAAGUGGUCGGCGCCGUACCUGGAGUGCGAGCACGGGGCGUUUGUGCCCUACUGGCUGCUGACCCUGUCUGCUGGCUUCUACGGACUGAAGAGCAACUCUGCACCAGAGUUCAGGGGUGUUGUCCGCGUGGAUGUGAACCUGCAGGAUGUGGACAUUGACCAGUGCUCCAACAGUGGCUGGUUCGCCGGGACUCACCGCUGUAAUCUCACCAGUAUGGAAUGCACGCCCAUCGUCGGCCACGGAUUUGUCCUGGACAAAUACAAGUGCCAGUGCAGGAGCGGAUUCUACCACCCGCGCCGAGUGGCCCUCAACGGCUUUAAAAGUAAGGAGCAGGCCUCUCACAGGGACGAGGCCUCCGACGUGUCCAGCAAGUGCCUGCCGUGCCGCAAGGGCUGCCCCUACUGCCUGGACGACACGCCCUGCCUGGUGCUGGAGGACGGCGCUCUGCGGCUCGCCGUCGCCUCCUUCCAGGGUCUGUGCAUGGUGCUGGACCUGGCCUGCAUGGUGGUGGUCUACCACUUCAGGAGGGCCAAGAGCGUCCGCACAUCUGGUCUCAUUCUGCUGGAAGCCAUCUUGUUCGGGGCUUUGCUGCUCUACUUCCCAGUGAUGAUCCUGUACUUCCAUCCCAGUGUGUUUCGAUGUGUCCUCCUGCGGUGGGUUCGCCUGCUGGGUUUCGCCGUCAUGUACGGCACCAUCAUCCUCAAACUGUACAGGGUGUUAAAGGUGUUCCUGUCACGCACGGCCCAGCGGACGCCCUACAUGACCAGCUGGCGCGUCGUGCGGCUGCUGGCAGUAAUUCUCCUGGUGGUGCUGUGGUUCCUGGUGGCCUGGACAUCCGCGGUGUGCCAGAACCCCGAGCUGAGCCGGGCCCUGAUCGCCGCAGGCCUCACCCCAGAGGGGCUGCAGUUCAGCAUGUGUCUGCUGGACCGAUGGGACUACAUGAUGGCUGUCGCGGAGUUCCUGUUCCUGCUGUGGGGUGUGUACCUCUGCUUCGCUGUCCGCACUGUGCCCUCAGCCUUCCACGAGCCGCGUUACAUGGCUGUGGCCAUCUACAAUGAGCUGCUCAUAUCGGCCAUCUUCCACAUCAUCAGGUUCUCUCUGGUGCCAGGACUUCACCCUGACUGGAUGCUCAUGUUGUUCUUUGCUCACACUCACCUGACUGUGACUGUGACUCUGGGCCUGCUGCUUGUUCCAAAGUUCCUGUCCAAGGGGACUCAGGCCAGGGAUGAUAUCGCCACAGAGGCGUACGAGGAGGAGUUGGACAUGGGAAGAUCGGGCUCUUACCUCAACAACAGCAUCACCUCGGCCUGGAGCGAGCACAGCUUGGACCCUGAGGAUAUACGGGAUGAGUUGAAGAAGCUUUACGCCCAGCUGGAAGUCUACAAACGCAAGAAGAUGCUUGCGAAUAAUCCUCACCUCCAGAAGAAGCGCAGCUCCAAGAAAGGCCUGGGCCGCUCCCUGAUGAAGCGCAUAACCGAGAUCCCCGAGACCAUGCACAUGCACCGACAGUGUAGUCGCGAGGACGGCAGCGAGCACGGCAGCAACCGCAGCACCUUGAGGAGGAAUCCGUGUGAGCCAGGUCAUCACGGAAAACCUCGGGACGACUCCCUGAAGAACAAAGUCAUUGGCUUGAAGAAGUCGCUCAGCUACGAUCACGUUUGUGACCAGGAUGAGGAAACCGUGAGCCAAACCGGCUCGACUGCUGGAGACAAGAUGACCCCCGUCGGGGCCGGCGGAGAGGGGUCCCUUCUGGGCUCCCUCAUUGGCCGGAGACAUGCCAAGAAGCAGCUGGAACCCGCCGCGGCCCCACCGAGGCUGGAACCCGCUGAGUCCACCGAGUCCGUUCCGCUGUUCUGGAAAUCGGCCAGCGCUCACAACUUGACGCAUGAGAAGAAACCCGUCCACCUGCGCACCUCCAUCAUGCAGAAGUCGCUGAGUGUGAUCGCCAGCGCCAAGGAGAAGAUGCCGGGGCUGACCAGCAAGACGCAGAGCGUGGAGGACGCCAGCAAGAAGGGUCUGAAGGGACAAGAGGGGGUGACGCUGUCUGAGGUGGAUGAGACGCCCGAGCAUUAUCCAAAGAUGAUCAUCAGCCAGUCAGUGGAGUACUCCAAGACGCCACUGAAGAUGGGCAUCAUGAAACAGCAGGUGAGCGGCAGCCAGCCGUCCAUUUGCUCCGAGGUCGGGAAGAACCUCUAUGACGUGUCCGAGGUUUGUCCCUGGGACAUGGAGGAACCAGAGACGCCUUCGGAAGCCAAGACCCAGAAACAUGUUUCCAUUGCUCCUGGGGAAACCACCGGCGGCCGGAGAGCCAGCAGCAGCAGCAGCUCCGGGGUCACCAAGGGGAGCCGGUCCCAGCAGAGGCAGAAGACAGGGCAGUCCCCAUCCAACAGACGCCGCUCCAAAGAUAAAGGGGGAGAAAAAGAGCAAGGCAGGGAGAUGAGGAAAUCCCAGCCACCCAGGUCACCUCUGCCUCUGAAGCCGAACGUGUGCCCGUGGGAAUUUGACGAGCAGCCCAUUCUCGGAGGAGAUUCCGAUUCCAUCUCCCCAGACAGGAUCAGGCGGAAGAAAAGCGUCACGCCCACCGACGGGAAACCCAAGGGGCUCCACUCAGACCACUCCAAGUCCACAGGCAGCCUCUUACAGCCCCCGUCCCUGAUGGUCGAGAUCUGCCCGUGGGAUUACUCCAGCCCGCCGUCACCCAAACAGGAGAAGACCUGCAACAGCCCCACGACACACAAGAAGAAGCGGAAAGGCUCCUGCUCGUCCAACCACAAAGCGGAGAAGGAGAAAGGGAGGGAGAAGAGCCGGGAAAGGCGGAGCUCCUCCAGUAAGCCGCCGUCGGAGAGGAGGCGGGUUAGCCAGUCGUCUGAGUGCGGCGGGCCGGCGUCCGAGCGGCGGAGGAGCUCCACCAGGGACCCAGAGCUGAUGGAGGCGAGGAGGGCGGCGGUUUCCUCCCUGGAGGCCGAGCCCAGGCACAGCAGCUUUGCUCAGAAAACUAGACGCUCUCCAGAGAGGAAGAGGGAGAGCUCUUUGGGCGGUAGUUGCAAACCAGCAGUCGUCAGUGGAGCCAAAACGGUUGAUGUUUGCCCCUGGGACUUCGAGGAGCAGGACUCUGGUGAGAGGGCGUGAUGACGAUUGUAUUUGUCUUUUUUGUAUUCACAGACUGACAGCACACAGGACAAAGCAAAGAAAAAGAGUGAAUAAGGUCUAACAUUGUAUUUGAUAUGAAUGUUUUUUUCUCUGAGUCACCUCAGUGAGGGAAAAGAAAAAAGAAUCCUCCUGCUGUUUGUUGAUCCAAACAUAACAGUCUGCGUAAUUAACAAACUUCUCAUUGUUACGUUGCCGCGAAUGCAACCAAAUACUCACUUUAAAGGAGUAUUUAGUUUGCACUUUUGCUUGCCCAUUCGUCAGUCACAUUGUAUGUGUGUUUUAUCUCACUGACUACAUCAAGCUGAAAAUGUAAAUGAAUCAUGUUCAUCAGCAGAUCAGACAAUCUUUUGUACACAGACACAGUAAUCACACUUUACCCUCUAAUGAGAGUAGUGAAUAGUGGCGGGCGGCGCGUUGUUAGCACUGUACGUCUCACAGCGAGAAGGCUCUUGGUUCGAAUCCAGGUUCAGACCAUCCCACAGUCCAAAGACAUGCAGGUUGGGUUAAGUGGAUUGGAGAUUCUCUAAAUUGACCAUACGUGUGAAUGUGUAUGUUGGCCCUGCGAUGGGCUGGCAACCUGUCCAGGGUGAACCCCGCCUCUCGCACAAUGUCAGCUGGGAUUGGCUCCUGCCCCACGGCGGCAAUUAAUGGAUAAAGCACUAUCGAUAACGGGUGGACGGAUGAAUAGUGCCGUAUGUUUCCCCUGUUAUGCUGAUGAUAGACUGCGUUACACUUUGAGCCGGCGGAGACCUUAUAUGUCAGAUGCUGCCGAUGAAAACAAGCAGACCUUAGUAAAAGUAGAGUGUUAGUUUAGAGAAGCAGGACCAAAGCCCCAGACACAUCUGUGAUGCCUUACCUUUGGGCCAAAUCCAUAAUUCAUGGCACGAGGAUGAUCUGUUUGAUUGGAGAAAUGUGGGAUCACAGUAGAGCCAAAUGAGAAAAAAAGCUGUAUGUUUCAGUAAAGGUUCUCCAUAUAAAAAGUAUGUAUUUUUCUAAAAAAUAAGAUAAAAUAAAUAAAUAAAUAGCCAUUGCAUGUGGCAAACAAUUGCAUCAAGCAUCCAAUAGCUGAAUGUUUAUUGGUGAGUGGCUGUUGGUAUUGUGGCCUAUGGUAUUUGUCUCCUUAUGAUGCUUCUGAUGCGAUGUGCAUUGCUAUCAAUUAUGUACACACAUUUCAAAUGACUUGCAGUUACAGUUGAGUAGUAUUAAAAUAUCCAUGAGGUUCUCCCUUCGGAUGACAUUUAUUCAUUGUUUGCUCUAUAUAUUUUUUUCCCUGGUUGUCCCAUCUUAAGAAGGGAAAGGAAAACAAACAAACAAACAAACAAACAACAAGCCACUCUUGCAUCACAGGCUGUAGAAUCUACACAUAUAGAAAGUGUGGAAUCUUACAAGGACCAAAAACAAAGCCCGACUAGGAUAGAUGGUGUGAAUAAUGCAUAUUCUUUUCUUCUGUCACUUAUUUGCUCAUGUCACACUUACUCGAAUGCACCUUCCUCCAAAUCUAUUCACAUAUCCAAGUGCAAAAAACAUGGCUAUGCAUGACCAAAGAUUGAGUUUUUGCCACUUUUCUCGCAGACAGAGAAAAUGACUAAUUUAACAUGACAGCACAAGUUCCAACAAGAAGACUCACCCUUUCUGUCCUGUGAUCCGCCACAGACCACUGACGCCCGACACAACGCAGUCGCACACGGUAAUCGGUUCGGUGUCAUUAUGGUAGCGUGUGCAUGACACAUGAGAACACAUGGGGCCAAGAUGCACUUAAAUUCACCAGAAGGCAUUAAAAAAAGAAUAAUCAGUGCAUAUAUGUUGGGACGUUUUCAAAUAUAGAUGUCAGAUGUCGUGUAUCUUAACAAGCGUUUUAGGAAAAGAACUUCCUGUGUUUGCGUCUUCUCAUCAGACAUUCAGGAAGAGCAUCGGUAUAAUGUGGAGUGCUUGAUAAACAAACAUGACCCCAUCCAUCUAACGCUCACGAGAUUUUUUUCUUCCUUCUAUCAGAUGGUUUUGAGGAUGUUUGACAUGAAACGUUGCUACUUGCCCACUCAAUGUAUUUUAUGCUUGCUAUUCUAUAUAGUGUCGCUCCAAAAAGUUACAAACUGUUGUAGCAUCCACAUGGGAGCUAUUAUAUUGUACAUUCAUAUCGUGCUGCAUGUACAUACCGUAAAUACCCUGUUCUCAACUCUGAAUUAAAAUCUUUCUAUGAAACCCCA